CUACUGAUGUGUAGCAUACUGCUUCAAGCGUUGGGUCUACAGCGGAGAGCGCUCGCUCGGGCGCAACACCUCUCGCUACGAAAACACUAGUAUGCCUUUUGGCAACACCAGAAUACCCAGCGGCAAUAAGUUAUUGAAUCUGACGUGCAAAUUCACUCGAUCUCGAAAGGCCACUUCGCAGCCGUCGACACGCCGGGUACCGCCGCGUGUGACACGCCCGUGCCAGCUGCGCUGCUGCGGCGCCUAGAGUCUGGCCUGUAUCAUACUACCUCAGAAUUUGAUUGCUGCCUCACCUUGCUCAGUAAAAAUAUACAAUGCACCGACUGCUGGUUGCGUUUGGGAAUGCCGACCACGGGAGGCUGGGCCUGGGCGCCACCACACUGUCCUCUGUCAUGACCCCCCGUGUCAACCUCGCCCUCGCGCGCUAUGACCUGGAGAAUCUGGCCGCGGGCGGCGCACACACGGUAGUGGUCACACGCGGCGGGCUGGUUUUCACGUUCGGCCUCAACACAAGGGGCCAGCUCGGACACUCGGCCGAGGCCGACAGCGCUGCGGAGCCGGGCAACGUGCUACUGCCGGAGCCUGUGGCUGCCGUGGCGGCUGGCGACGCGCACACGGCCUGCCUGACAGAGAGCGGGCGGGUGUACACGUUUGGCUGCAAUGCCUCGGGGCAGCUGGGCGUGGGUCGAGACGCGAUCCCCGGCGGCCGCAGUCACAGCGCUCGGCCCAUGCUGGUGGAGGCACUGACAGGGCAGCGGGUGGUGUCGGUGGCGGCUGGUGCAGCGCACUCGUUGGCCGUCACAGACUCCGGGAGGCUGUACGCGUGGGGGCUAGGAGACCACGGCCGACUGGGGCUCGGACCGCCGCCAUCUGCGGCAUCCAGUUCGAACAGCAGUUGCGGGAGCGAUGGCAGUAGCGACAGCAGUAGCGACAGAACUAGCAGUAGCAGCAGCUGUAGCGAGGGCGGCGGCGCGCGCAGCCCCUGGGUUGAGUGGCUGCCCCGGGCAGUGACGACUGCCGCCCUGGGCGGCUCGAAGCCGGCGGAGGUUUUUGCAGGACCCGCCACUUCGGCAUGCAUGGACGAAGCGGGCAGGGUGUACACGUGGGGCUUUGGCGCCCUGCAUCAGCUGGGGCACGGAGCGGGAGCAGCUGCAGGCGGCGGCGGGCGAGCAACACCUGACGAUGAGUGGGAGCCGCGCCUGGUGGACGUGUCAAGCUUGCGCCGCACUCGGCGGCUAGCUCUGGGCGGCGCACACGCGCUGGCGUGCCGCACUGAUGAGCGAGUGCAUGUGUGGGGCUCAGACCCCAGCGGUAUUGGGAGCCUGGGCAUGAUGCCAGGAUCAGGGCUGGGCCUCGGGCCGGCGCCCGGGCCCCUUCCCGGUUCAGCCGUGGUCAUCCCAGCCCCCACCAUCUUCAGGUGGUGGUUUACGGAUGUCGCUGCAGGGCUAGCCCAUAGUGCUGGCGUGUCGUCCGACGGGAAGCUGUUUGCCUGGGGCUGGGGCGGCGCCGUGUCCAGUGCGGGGGCGCUGCAGCUGCCGCGUCUGGCGGCGCCCGGGCAGGAGGAGGCGUACAGCCCCAGGGGCGGCCCGCAGGUCCGGCUGAGGCUGGGCGGCGGCCAGCUGGGCGUGGGCUCUGGAGUCAACCUACCCAGCCCAACACUUGUGACCAAGUUGGAGAUCCUGCCAGGUGAAGUUUUCCGGCAAGACGGCGGCGACCCUUUCAACUACCAAGAUUCAAAUCUGGGCUGGAUCUACCGCCGUGUGGCGUGUGGCCCUAACCACACUGUUGCGCUGAUCCAGGUGGCUCGGUCAUGGACGCAAGCCAUUAGUGUGGGCGGGAGGUGGAAGCGGCCGGGGCAGCUGCCAAGUAGCGGCUCCUAGUGGAGGACCUACGAGGACCACACCAAUGAUGGUUGUUGGCGCCAUUCUUUAAUUUACAGCACGGCCCCUGUCCGUGCCUGCCUGCCUGCCUGCCUGCGUCGACAAAAAGUACUGCGACCUGCUGGCGGCGGUGGCGGUGCAGGGCCUGGCGGCGGCGGUGGCGGCGGCGGUGGCGGCGGUGCAGGGCCUGGAGACGGCGGUGGCGGCGGCGGUGGCACCGCGCCUACCGGCGGCAACAGCAGCGGCCACGGCGUUGGGCCCGGUGGUGGCGGCGGCACGGGCGGCCCUGGGCCCAGCGGCAGUGGCGGCGCGCAUGUUCGGAGCAGAGGGGGCGGGCAAGGCCACGUGGAGGAGGACAGCGCGGCGCCGCCUUCAAAGCGGCGCCGGCGCGCAGGUUGAGACCUGCCGGUGUUGUCUGGUUAGCGACCUGUGCUGACGAGCAUGGCGUAGCGGGCAGUCGGCUGCAGCGGCAGGGGUGUUUUCCUUGCUGUCUGGUUGGCCUGCUGCCUGCUGCACUAGUGCUUGAUAGCUGGGCGCGACUGGGCACAUAUGGCGGGCGGUGCCUGCACAAACCGACCCCGGCUAUGUCCGGGAGAUGAGGCUAGUAUCGGAACCUUCGGCCUCAGACGGAGGACGUGGCGUGGGCUCAGCCCACUUUUCCCU